AUUAUCAUAUGUGAAGCGCGCUGACAAAAUGAGUUACUUUUCGCAAUCUACAAAUGGAGAUAUUGGAAAAAUCGACACUUGUUUCAAAUUGGUAGAUUUUAUAUUGAUGCCAUCUUCUUUAAGUAUAACAUGCCUUUUAUUUUUUCAUGCUUAUAAAUUGCAGAAACUUCCCCCAUAAGCGUGAUGUAUCUAUUUUCAAAGGGUUUGAAUCUGAGAAAUGACUCAUUUUGUCCGCACGCUUCACAUGUUCUACUUUUAAUUUCUUUUCCCAUUUUUCCCCCCAUUUUUUUCGGAGAAGUCAGGAAGUGGUGUAGGUGUAGACAGUUUGUCAUGUGUGCCCGGCUAGGUGUAGACAGUUUGUCCUGUGUGCCCGGCUAGGUGUAGACAGUUUGCCCUGGGUACCCGGCAGCUGGAUAUCGGCGACCUGACUGAGACAAUCAUGAGGUUUCUCCGCAAGUGGAAGUUCACCCUGGCCGUGCUGGUGACUGUUGGGGUGGUAGCUAGCGCCGUACACUUCAUCACUCGGAGCAAAUUCAUGGAUUUCGAUCAGGGUGGAAGCAGGUGACGGAGGCCCAUUACGGUGUCUGGGACCAGGGACUCGCGCGACUUCCCCGUGAGAACGUUACACUGAAGGGUUACCUCCAGUCCUGGAAGUACUUCGCCGCGGCUCACACAGAACUGAGGGAGCAGUUGACGUUCCGGGAACACAUCGCAGAGAGCGCGGACGAACUGCUGGAAGAAAUACGACAGAAAUUCCCCAACAGAUCUUUGGUCGGUGUCCACGUGAGACGAGGCGACUUUCUGAAGCCUGAAAUGCUUCAACUGGGCUACAUUUCCCCGGAAGCGACGUAUUAUUCAAAAGCGUUCGCGCACAAGCGCAGAGAGCUGGGGCAGGAGACGCCUGUGUUGUUUGUGGUGGUCAGCAACGAUCGGGACUGGUGCGCCGCCCACCUGAACGGAAGUGACGUCGCCAACAUGAACGGAAGUGACGCCGCCCACCUGAACGGAAGUGACGUCGCCAACAUGAACGGAAGUGACGUCCACAUUGUGCGCGCGGCGGGGGCGGAGGUCCACCUAGCCCUCCUGGCCCGGACACAACACGUCAUCAUCUCUGCCGGCUCGUACAGCUGGUGGGCGGGCUGGCUGGCCGGGGGAAAGGUCAUCUACUACACCGGCUUUCCCAGGCCUGGCAGCUUCCUCAGUCGUCACAUCAGGGCACAGGAUCACUUCCCGGCACACUGGAUAGGCAUUGGUGACUGAAGUAACGAACACUGGAUAGGCAUUGGUGACUGAAGUACAGAGACUGACUGACUAUCCACACUUCUGGAUCGGGAUUGGUGACUGAAGCAACGAACACACUGACUAUCCACACUACUGGAUAGGGAUUGGUGAUUGAAGUAAAGAGACUGACAGACUAUCCACACUACAGGAUAGGCAUUGGUGACUGAAGUACAGAGACUGACUACACGCCACAUUGGAUAGGCAUUGAUGACUGAAGUACAGGGACUGACUACACGCCACAUUGGAUAGGCAUUGAUGACUGAAGUAACAAACAGACCUAGAGCUAAUGUCCGUGUUUUUUUAUCUUGAAUAUCCAUUUAGAACGACGUCUGGACUCACUAUCCUAUGAAUACAGGGGCGCAGUGGGGCGGUUCGUGGGUCUAAAGAGUGAGCCUGCACAAUUAACUUAAAAAGCAGGUUGAAGAUAGUCAAAGGCAUGGGAAAUGAGAUGUGUUCUUCAUCCUAGCCGUUUAAAGAAAAUUUUAAUCUACUUGAACAAGAAUUCUACCCUUCGUUCUUUUGCUGCAAGCAAAGGGGUCCAUUAUUUUGUAGACAAAGUUGGGGAUACUGUCAAUGAUGUCCUUGUGGAUGGACAUAAAUGUAAGAGCAUUCAGUCUCUCUUACUUACUUACUUGUCUUACUUGUCCACUGUGUUGGGGUCACUGCAGUCGGAACACGCCCAUCUCUGCCCC